GAGUUUUACGAGGUGGUUUGUAAGUACGGGCCUGUACGACAUACAGCUGCUUUUUUGAUCAGUGCUCGGAUUUUAUCUCUACAACGUCAGCUUCAACGCCACCAUUUAGUCCAUCUUAUUAGUACUUAUUUCCAGUUGCAAUUUGUGGUAGAAUUCCUGUAGGACGAAGUACGCUACCGUGGUUGAUUGUGCACCUCUACCAUGGCCUUCUCGGGUUUUCCCCUGCACACCGGUUCGACAUGGAAUCCGGGUUACGAAAUCCCUACGGACGACUUCGUCUUGGAAGAUUCGGAUUCGAAUCCCCUGAGCUACAGCUGCGAUUUUAAUGUGGAUGCAGGAGCGAAUUAUCCACAGAUCCCGCCGUCAACCUGGACCGUAACCCUCACCGUGGGAGUUACUAACGGCAAAAUCGUGGCACAAGUAUUUCCGAAACAGCCUGAAGAGACGACAUCUUCUGGAACCUUGAUUGUGGAAUGCCGUGUUCGGCCGAGUUGGGAAGGUUCUUCCGACAAUGUGGUGAAGAUUGAUCCAACGGGAUGUAGUUCUGUUUCCGAGCACCUUGAAGAUCUUCGUCAGUUGGUACAAAAGACAACCUUACCCAGCGGAAGCAAACAGUGCUGUCUAAAGCCUGGCGCUAUAGUCCACGUUGAUCUGGCAUUCAAUAUCGAUACCGAUUCUCUGGGUGCGGCGGUUAAUCGUACCGAUAUGAAGAAUCUCCUGGAUUCCCGUAUCCUCUCGGACUGUAAGCUGGUGUGUCAGGGCCGGGAGUUCCCGGUCCACCGCGCCAUCCUGGCGAACCAGUCGCCUGUCUUCGCCGCCAUGUUCCAGAAUAACAUGGAGGAGAAAUCCACGGGAAUCUGUCGGAUUGACGACAUGAGCUCCGAAGUCGUGACAGCCCUGAUCCGCUUUGUCUACACGCGAGCGGAACUGGACAGGGACACCAAUUUGAUGGAACUUUGGAUGGCGGCCGAUAAGUACGACAUGGCGAAUCUGCGAGUGGAAUGUUUGCGGGGCAUGGUGGAGUUCGUCAGUGGGGCGUCAGUGGAUGCUGCGCUGUCCUACCUCGAGUUUGCACAGGAACACAAUCUGGAGAAGCUGCGCGCCGCAGCGGCGCGCGUCGUCGGUAUGCACGCUGACGAAUAAUGUUAUAUUUCUGUUUUUGUGU